AUGUAAUAAUGGAUAGCCAUCCAUUUAGCCUGCACGUAAAAAACCUAAAUCUAGAGAAAUUAACCACACAAAUAAUUUCGAUUAACUAUAUACAAAAAUGAAUCCAUACUAUUUGGAACUUAGUUAUUAGACAUUAAAAAGAAAUAAUUAACAUCUACAACUUUACAUACACUUAAAGAAAGUUAUUGA